AUGGCAGUGCCCAUCUGCUCCUCCCCGCUCACUCAGGUCUGCUGCUCGGGACGUCUCUGGGGACGGCGAGGGAGGUUCUUGCUGAAGAGGGGCUCCUGGGGCAGCAUGGUAAUCCCGGGACCUUUCUCCUCAUUGUUGGCCUUGGCCCCAACGGCGGCAGCGGGGCCUAGGAGGCAGGCAGCAGGAAGACCACCAGAUAAGGAAUCCUGGAGGAUGCUACGCUGGCAGCAGUUGCUGAUGCUCCCACAAGCAGCGAUUCUCCGCGCUCAGCUCCGUCCAGCCGCCGCUCCAGCUUGCCGAUGCUGUGGCGCUGGUACACCUUGCGGGCGCCGCCUCUUCCAUUGCCAUCAGGUGCCUUGUGCGCGAACCUUGCCGGCCAAACCGUUAACGUCUGGCGUCCUUUGUGCCCGCUCCUCUCCUUCCAGUACCUGUCAGACGCCUCUUCUACCCUGCGCCCUCCCCCGCCGCCAUUGCUCGCAGGUGCCUCGCGCAUAUUUUGAUGUUCCCGCCCCGCCACCUACUCCGCAUUGUCAACGGGUGCCUGGCGCCCAUACCUUGUCUCGAGAAUCCCUUAAGGUCGCCCUUCCGCGCAGAUAUGGUACUCGUGCCUGUCUUUUCACGUGCCCCACUCACUCAGGUUUGAACGUUGCAUUUCCUGGCAACAGGAGAAUGCUCCCUUCCCCUUUGGUCAGUUGGUAUCAGACAAGAGGACGCUCAGAGCCAGCUCUUGAGAGUUCAAGCAACAGAAAAUAUCCCACUGCUCCCAGGAGCGGUUACCAGGGCACUCUCUGCCGUUUAUCCCUGUCCCGGUCCCGUCCCGGAGCCGAGGACCCUCCAGUAGGACUCAGUCGCCUUGAGCCUGCUGCCCACAUCCCUCACUUCACUUUGCUCGUGGGAUCUCUCCGUUGCUCCUGCCCCUGGACGGAGUGGCAAGCCAUCCUACCAGGACAGGGCCAUGACCCCAGAGGAUGAAGCAGCAGCAUUUAUUCAAGAUACAACAGUGAGGGGAUCCCGUCACAUUCCAGUCUCCCCGGAGAGGGCACAUCUUGAGAAGUGAUCCAGGAGACAUGUAAGUUCCUAAAACCACUCUCUUCACUCUGUCCCCCAGGACCUGGCCCAGACUCUGAGAUACAUUUGCUUGGCGUGCCCUUGGGUGGCUGCAUAAAAAUCCACAGUUUAGGGCCAGUCUGGGGCUUCCAGACCUAGCCGGGUUGUCCCCAGGCCACCUGUCCUUCUGCUUUGUCUCACUGUCCCUUGGAAGAUGGCCUGAUGUUUAGGGCUGGCCCAAGGACACCUCAGGAAGGUUUGGUUCCCACUCUACAAUGAUCUGAUUAUCCAGAGGUUUUAGAGAUAUCUAUCUGCCUUCUGGAGAUGAACAGGGGCCUUAAGACUUUGGUUGAGAACAGGAUGCUCUGUCUCUUACUGUCUGGGGCAGGGAUGGCCUCCAGCUGCAGGAAGUACAGCAGCACCUGGACCUGCCAGAAAGAGUGGGAAAGAGGAGAGAGGCUCAGAGGGUGCUCACAGAUGGCGAUCUUUAGCCCCCAAGUCCGGCUCAGGUGCUGGGUCCUCUGCUGCUGCCAUGAAGCCUUUACAGUGAGACAGGAGGUGGGGGUGUGGAUGUGGACAAGGCAUGACUCGGGGGGUUACUUUAGAGGUGCACAGGGCCUUGCUCUGUCACCCAGACUGGAGUACAGUGGCUCCAUCAUGGAUCACUGCAGCCUCUAACUGCUAGGCUCAAGCCAUCCUCCCGUGUCAGCCUCCCCAGUAGCUAGGACUAAUUUUUCCUUUUCUCUUUUCUAGAGAUGGG